CCCAAGAAACCUGAUCCACAGGGUUGUCGGGGACUCUGUCUCAGUUUGCAGCACUUCCACCGACGGCAGAGGAGCUGAACAGUUUGAAGGACACAAUUAAGAAAGAAACGACCCACUAAAAAAACCAACAACAAAACAACAACAACCGGAGAGCUCACAGCGGGGCGGUGUCGAGCUGUGCGCGCAUCCCUCCCUCCCGAGAGCCGGAGACGGAACGCUUUGUCACACAGAAGAAGAAGAAGAAGAAGAAGAGGACAACUCAAAGAACACCACCAUGGAAGACAAAUCGAAUUCCUUCUCCAGCAACAAGGAGGAGAAGGCUGACGGGAAUAAUGUUUUUCAGAGGCAAGAGUCGAUACAGAAAAACAACGCGGGGAGCCAGAACACGAAGGAGCACGCCAACUCGGUGGGCUGCAAGGGGGAGCGGGAAGAGGCCAUGGCCGGGUUUGACGAUCUGGACGGGGAAGCCAGGCAACACGGGUUUAUGCAGAGACAAUUUGGGGCCAUGAUGCAGCCCGGAGUAAAUAAGUUCUCCUUGCGUAUGUUCGGCAGUCAGAAAGCCGUGGAGAAGGAGCAGGAGAGGGUUCAAACGGCCGGAUACUGGAUCAUUCAUCCGUAUAGCGAUUUUAGGUUCUACUGGGACUUGAUAAUGCUCAUCAUGAUGAUGGUGAAUCUAAUCAUCAUUCCUGUGGGAAUAACCUUCUUCUCAGAGCAGACCACCACCACCUGGCUGGUCUUCAACGUGGCGUCGGACACCAUCUUCCUGGUGGACCUGGUCAUGAACUUCAGAACGGGGAUCGUCAACGAGGAAAACUCAGAGAUCAUCCUCGACCCCAAGGUCAUCAAGAUGAAUUACCUGAAGAGCUGGUUCGUAGUGGACUUACUCUCGUCCAUUCCAGUGGAUUAUAUAUUUUUAAUAGUGGAGAAAGGCUUUGACUCGGAGGUAUAUAAAACAGCUCGUGCCCUGAGAAUCGUCCGUUUCACCAAGAUCCUCAGUCUUCUGCGUCUGUUGAGACUGUCCCGGCUCAUCAGAUACAUCCAUCAGUGGGAGGAGAUUUUCCAUAUGACCUAUGAUCUGGCUAGUGCAGUGGUAAGAAUAUUUAAUUUGAUAGGGAUGAUGCUGCUUCUGUGUCACUGGGAUGGCUGCCUCCAGUAUCUGGUGCCUCUCCUCCAAGACUUCCCCCCCGACUGCUGGGUGUCCCUAAACGGUAUGGUUAACGUCUCCUGGGGUAAGCAGUACUCCUACGCCCUCUUCAAGGCCAUGAGCCACAUGCUGUGCAUCGGGUACGGCGCCCGGGCGCCCGUCAGCAUGUCCGACCUGUGGAUCACCAUGCUGAGCAUGAUCGUAGGAGCCACAUGCUACGCCAUGUUCGUGGGCCACGCCACGGCCCUCAUUCAAUCUCUGGAUUCCUCACGCAGGCAAUACCAAGAGAAGUACAAGCAAGUGGAGCAAUACAUGUCCUUCCACAAGCUCCCAGCGGACAUGCGGCAGAAAAUCCACGACUACUACGAGCAUCGCUACCAAGGCAAGAUCUUUGACGAGGACAACAUCCUGAGUGAGCUCAACGACCCUCUCAAAGAGGAAAUCGUCAACUUCAAUUGCCGCAAGCUGGUGGCCACCAUGCCUUUGUUUGCCAACGCGGACCCCAACUUUGUGACGGGGAUGCUGAGCAAGUUGAAGUUUGAGGUCUUUCAACCCAACGACUACAUUAUCCGAGAGGGCACCAUCGGGAAGAAGAUGUACUUCAUUCAGCACGGCGUUGCGAGCGUCAUCACCAAGUUCAGCAAGGAGAUGAAGCUGACCGACGGAUCCUACUUUGGAGAGAUCUGUCUGCUCACCAAGGGCAGACGAACGGCGAGCGUGCGCGCCGACACCUACUGCCGACUCUUCUCCCUCUCCGUUGAUCAUUUCAACGAGGUGCUGGAGGAGUACCCCAUGAUGCGGCGCGCUUUUGAAACGGUCGCCAUCGACCGAUUGGACCGCAUCGGCAAGAAGAACUCCUUGCUGCUGCAGAAGUUUCAGAAGGAUCUGAACGCCGGCGUUUUCAACACGCAGGAGAACGAGAUCUUGAAGCAGAUCAUUCGCCAGGACAGGGAGAUGGUGACGAUGGUGGACCGCAAGCAGUCGGUCGGCGGGAUGAACUCGACGCCGAUGUCCGGAAACUCCAUCGUUAACUCGCCAGCCCAGCCUCCCUUCCCCGGUGCCUUCGGCAGCAGUCAGCUCCAGCAGUCCUCUGUUCCCCUGACCUACAGUGCUUCAGCUAUUGCCAAUGCCUCUGCUGCCCGCAUGCUGCCCGCCGCGGCGCAAGGGUUUUACCCCGUUCCCAGUCUUUCCCACAGCAGCCUGAAUUCCUCCUCGGUCAACGUGCAGACCCCGCUCCAGCAGCAGGGCGCCGUCAUGUCGCCGUGCUCCUUCACGGCCGCCGUGCCCAGUCCCCCCGUGCAGACCCCUCUGGCUAACCGGAGCUUCCAGUACGGCUCGCGCACGGCCUCCCAGCUGUCGCUCGUCCAGCAGCCCGUCGGUCAGCCGUCCCUCUCCGCGCAGCAGCUCGCCCAGCUGCCCGCCGCGUUGGCCGCGUUGGCCGCGGAGGUGGCCUCCUCCUCCUCCUCCUCCUCCUCCACGCAGCAGCCGUCACCUCUGCAGCAGCGGGUGCCUUCUCCUCAGCGGGGAGACGUCCACAAGAGCACACAGGCUGUGCAGUCGGGCAGCUUGAGUCGAGAUGUCAGACAUUUAUCGGCCUCCCAGCCGUCGUUGCCGCACGACGCAUCUCCGGCGCCCCGAGUGCACCCCGCCUCAGGAGACUCUCUGGCCUCCAUCGUGCCACCGGCGGCGGUGGCGGCGGCGAUCCAGGGGAUGAGUCUGCAGGGUGGCCUCCGCACCACGGUGCCCCAGCGAGUCAAUUUAUUCCGGCAGAUGUCGUCAGGAGCUUUGUCUCCGGUGCGCUCGGCCGCGGCGGCGGCGGCAGCGACGGCGGCGGCGGUGGCAGCGGCAGCAUCGUCAUCCUCAACCCAGCACAGGGAAUCCCCCGGAUCGAGGAGAGAUUCUGUCCUGAGCAGUACAGAGACCGAGCAAGACAAAAUGCGUUUCGCAUCAAAUUUAUGAUCCCAUUUUCCCUUCUCAUUUUUUAAAGUUUCAAUUCAUUUUUAAAAAUGGAGAUACGACAAAAGAGAUACAGAUUUGGAACUUCAACGUUUUUGUUUCUCUCCAAUGUUCUUCUAAGAUAACCUCAUAGAAACCCUGUACAUACGAUCCCUUCUAUUAUAUUUUAGACACAUUGUCUCCCUUAACUUAAGAAUGUAUAUUAUACAGAUACAUUUCUUUUCUUUGAUGCCAUAUAUAUAUAUAUAUAUACAUAUGUAUGUGUGUAUACAUAUAUGUGUAUAUAUAUGUUUAUAUAUAUAUAUGUAUAUAUAUAUAUAUAUAUAACGGUGUGUGUAUGGGUGUGUGAGAGUGUGCGUGCAUGUGACUGUGUGUAAAAUCCAACUAGAAUAUUUGGCAAUGGCAAUUUAAAAGCUGUAGUAUAAACAUGAGUCUUCCUUUCUGAGAAAUAUAAAGAAUUAUAUACAAUGUAUGAAGUUUAUUUUAUUUUAUUUAUUUUAUUUUAAUUUUUAAACUGGAAUGCAUUGUGAAUUCUGACGACUUUUUCUUUCUCUCUUUUUUGUUGUUGUUUUUUUACCAUUGAGGAAGAGAAGAUGUAUCUUUUCCUAGCAGCUUUAGGCACCACUGUGGAACAAUACAUGCAAGCAACUCUGACAAAUAAUCUCAAAAAGCACACACUCAUGAAAUGAAUCUCAUCCAUGUUUCCUGAACCCUCAUUUCAGAAACCGACACAAGAUACGGAACUAAGUGUUAUGUUGCCGUCGGCGACACAAAUACGGCUCGCGUACAGACCAUGACAGUGUUAUGGGUCCAAAGGGAAUAGAUCAUAGAAAUGCUGCUUUCUUUGUUUAUUUUCGAGGAGAAUGGAGUGUGGAGAAAGACAUGGAUGGAAGCUAUUGUUUUCUAUUUCUAAUUUCAGAUGGCUGAGAUGUUACGUAAUGUUGCUUAAAAAUUCUGUGUAUAUUUAUAAUAUUUAUAAACUAAAGAUUAUCACCAUUAUGCAAUAGACUGUGACAUAAAGAUUACCUAUAUGUGUGCUGUAAAUAGUUUUGUAGAACUAGUAUUUACAGAUACUGUGUGGUGCAUUCUCUAUCAUAACAAUGUCUUACUUCUAUCAGGAACCUGGAUAUCAUCUAUACGCAAAAAAAAAAGUUUAGUGACAAAAUACGUAUGUUUCAUAAGAGAUGAACAAACCUUAAUGCAAAAGCUAGCAUGACUUGAUGCUGAUUGGAGGAAGGAGGUUUUCUCUGUCUGUAUUCUAUUCCUAGCUCUCGUAUGGUGUAUGAUUUCACUUCUAGUGAACAUAUAUUUACCUACAAUACACAACUUCUUAUUGAAAGUAAAUGUGUCUUUUCUAAUCGCCUCGUUUCCCCAAAAACUGCAGAAGAUCAUUUUAAGAAUGAUUAUUAUACUACGGCCAGACUGAUCAUUUUAUGAAAUGUAUUGCUCGGGAGACGGAAAUGAGGUUUUGUUUUAUUCAUCCCACUUUUUUUAAAUUUAUUUAAUCUGUUUCUUGAGUACAACUGUACCGUACGCUGUCGUCACACACUACCUGCAGUUGAAGAGCCUGGCGGUAUGUUUUAGGUUAAAGACGUCAGCUCCAGUCACUGGAGUGUGAAGGGGAGACAUUCAGAGAAAGGAAAUGCUGGUUUGCAUUAAGGUUUCUGUCUCAUGUAAAUCCAUUAUGUGGGCUUAGGUACUCUGAACUGAGGCCGAGAAGCAAGGUCAAGCCGGAAUAUUGUGACUCCAUCAAAGAGGAUAAGAGCGAUUUCAGAAAUCCUAUCUUGCAAUAAUACAAGUAGUUGAUGACUCGACUAAAUUAGGCUUACGGGCCAUUUCCCCGCACGCGCAUUAGAUUGCCCUUUUGUGCACGCGGCCGCCCUGCGCUCUCCAAACGACGAGUGAAAUGUGCAUUCGUAAAUUAUUCCGCCGUGGGUCGUGCGAGAUCGCUAUUUAGAGUCACGGUUGCCAAACAAUCCCGUGAGUUCAAAGUGACUAAGCCCCUUUUCCGAGAUGCCGUUUAACAAACAACAAAAAACAAAAACAAAAAAAGAAGAUUAGUCGACUCCGCUCCAGAUUGUGUCGAUAGUGUACCAAUGCAGUCAACCCACCAAUGUCAUGAAAGCAUGCACUGUCACAAAUACUUUAAAAAAAAGAUACUAUCUCAAAAAUGUUGACGUUUAAAUGUAAUGUUCUGUUCUGUUCAUUGUCUGUCUGCCUAGACGUCGUCUGUGUCUGUGAACAGGAGCAUUGGCUGUGUCUACUACCGGACACUUUACGAAGUGCACUGCAAUCCAGAGCACUGACAUCUGCAGUGCACUGCGUGGCUGAUGAGUGCUGUAUCAAAUGGAACACUUCCGUUAACCACUUGGCGGGAGUGACGGACGCAAAUCUGUUCACGGCACCCGCGAAAUUAAGCCGGGAGUGACGUACGCAAAUCUGCUUGCGAUACCCGCAAAACUUAAAGUGACAAUAUGAAUGCACUUCUUGCCCUCUUUGUGUCCCUUGUUUACCUUUCUCCACCCCAUGUGGAAACUGCGAUACCUCCACAUGGGGAGGUAUCGCAGUGUGGCGCCCUAAGCACUGAAAGUCAGUGCUCCAAGUGCUCAAGUGUCCGGUAGUAGACACAGCCAAGGACUUUUCACACGGACAUUCUUAAGUAUUUGUGCCUAAACUAUAGCCAUGUUCCAUCCUUUUGGUUUACGAGCGUGAGCGCGGUGCGUGCGGGGGGGAGGAGGAGGAGGAGGGGGGGGGCACCUCUGCUGCACAUCACUGCGCGUUCAUUCCUACUAUACUCUCUGUGUUCUGUGUCAGUGUUUUUAGAUGGGAAAGGAGUCAGCGACGACGGCCAAAUGUCUCCCUUUAUCCAAUCGGUACCUUUUACUUACAGUGUGAACUCCUUAGAGGCAAGUUAUUAUUUUGUUUCUAACAUUCUCGGUCAAGCUAUAUAGAAUAUUUAAAGAGGACGUGUACAGUUAAUAAGAAGAAGAAGAAGAAGAAAGUGCAGUCUUUCGCAGUAAUAUCACGCUCAACGAGACAUUGUACAAAUUUGGAGCACCUUUAUACUUUUCUUUGUCGCGAGGCACUGACGUUUGGGUUGAAUACUGACGUGUGGAAGGAAACCGGCCAAAGCGAAACAUUCUAAGUCGUUGUCUUUGUUUUGAAUUGCACUUUCUCAUUUGCUAAUAACAAAAGGUAGACAUUCUUUCAGCUGGGUUAGGUGUGGAGCGAGUCAGUGAGGGAGCAGUGUGCUGCCCUCGAGGUUCUGAAUGAGGGGGGAACGUGUUCUACAUACAACAGAAAGCGCUUAAUCGUGAAUAUGCCAUAGUCUAUAGGAACUCACAGUCAAGAUGGAUAGCAGCACUGUUGCUUUGUGCUGUUUUUGAUACUUGCCUUUGGAAGGGAGAGCUUCCCAUCUAUGUGCUUUUUUCACUAUACCAAUCACCGCUAACAUACCGGAACGGGAAUUAAUGGUGACGUACAACGCAAACUAACAAGCUUACAUCUUAGCAGGAUAGAGACUCUCAACAAACCAGCACAUAUAUUUGUAUAUUUCUUUUUAGUUUGUUUGUUUUUGAGAAAAAUAAAAGGAGAGAUGCAAAAAGGAACUGAGACUAACAAUGCCCAGAGAGGACAAACCGAAUGUGGAUUUGGUUUUGAUGGCCACAGGUUUCAUAUGUUUACUGAUGAUAUGCGCAGUGGAGAGAGAGUGGGGUCCUCUUCGACCCCACUCGCGUGGUCAUUGUUCAGCUCAUUAUGUAAUCCAAGGCUUAGACAAAAAGAAAUAUCAGUUGGUUACUUGACACAGAUGAAAGAAAGAUUAAAUGUAAACUUUCUUACAACAAUAUGCAGACAAACAGUGUUUGUCAAAAAAUCUUUUUGAUUUUUUUGUUUUGUUUAUUUUGUUUGUAAAUAAUAAACCUUUAAAAUAUAGAAAAUAAAAGACAUAUUGUCAUUUAAAAGAAA